AUGGGCAGCUGUCAGACUCCCAGAGGCCGGGGCUCCGCUCCUCUGCUGGCCGCGGCGCUGCUCACUCUUCUGUCCGCGGGGAUGCAACCAGCCACAGCCUUUCCCUCCUGGAGGUUCGAGGAAGAAGCUUACACCACUGCCUUACUCAUCGGGAUCCGCAAAGAGGCCCGGUCACAAGUGCUUCACCUCUCCAGGAACAAGCGCUACACCCUCACGCCGGAGCAGCUCAAAUGGGACAAGUUUAAGCUGACAUACAAGUUGCUCUCCUUCCCAACGAACCUGAUCAAUGCCAGCGACACGCGUCGGGGGAUCGCGAGGGCUUUUGGCAUGUGGAGCGACGUCUCGCCGUUCGGCUUCAGAGAGGUGCCAGCUGACCAAGAAGCAGACAUUAAGAUUGGCUUCUACCCCGUCAACCACACAGACUGUCUGCAGUCCUACUUGCACCAUUGUUUCGACGGCAUCACGGGAGAAUUGGCUCACGCAUUCUUCCCGCCAACAGGCGAGAUCCACUUUGACGACCAUGAAUACUGGAUUCUUGGAAACAUGCGCUUCAGCUGGAAGAAAGGAGUCUGGCUCACAGAUCUUGUCCACGUGGCAAGUCAUGAAAUUGGACAUGCCCUGGGACUCAUGCACUCCUUGGACUCGAAAGCGAUAAUGCACCUGAAUGCAACUCUGACAGGGCGCAAGCUAAUCACACAGGACGAGGUGUGGGGGGUGCACCGUCUCUACGGAUGUUUGGACCGGUUAUUUAUCUGUCCAGCCUGGGCUCGGAAAGGCUAUUGUGACAGCAAGCGCAGGCUGAUGCAGAAGCACUGCCCCUCCAUCUGUGAUUUCUGUUACGAAUUCCCGUUCCCCACAGUGGCUCCCACACCGACUCCACCAAGGACCAAACACAAGUUAGUUGUUGAAGGCAAGAAGCUGACUUUUCGUUGCGGGAAGAAAAUAGCAUCAAAGAAAGGCAAAGUAUACUGGUACAAAGACGGGGAGCUGCUGGAAUUCUCUCACCCAAACUACAUCUCGCUGACAGACGACCACAUCACCAUAGUGGCCAACGCCAUCAACGAAGGCACAUACACCUGCAUUGUGAAGAAAAAAGACAAAGUCCUCACUAACUACUCCUGGAGGGUACGCGUGCGCUUCUGAAAGCCGAGCCGCACAUUGAACAGGACACAGUCACCAGGAGACCUCAUUCUCUAGGGCACAUAGUUCUUUUUAUUUUUUAAGAAAAUGUUUUCCUGAA